UGUGAUUGGACGGAGAGCGUCAAGCCUCUUGAAUGACAUGUAGCCACAAACGGUAUGAGGAUACGUAACGGGAACAUAUGCGACAGAAGUUCUCCCUGGUAGGAGACAAGUUGUUAUGAAGGAGAAGAGGGCCUGAACUGUAAUGAAGUAUUUUGGGAUACUCCAUAUGGAUUCUUCAUGUUGAUGCUGGGCUUUCCUAAGCUGAGUAGAGCAGUGGUGCGUGCGAGGAGACUGGCAGCUCAACUCAGCAAAGCAGCCAUGUCCACGAGUCCGUCCUCCGCAGCCAACGGGGAUACUACCACUGCAGCCAUUCUUAUCAUUGGAGAUGAGAUACUUAAGGGUCACACAGUGGACACCAACAGUGCCUUUCUGACACGAGCGCUAAGGAAGCUUGGAGUGUCUGUGCAGCGUAUAACAGUCAUACCAGAUAUACAGGAGGUCAUUGCCAAAGAAGUGGCCCUCCUUUCAUCUCAGUAUACUCACCUCAUCACCUCAGGGGGCAUAGGACCCACCCAUGACGACGUUACCUUUGAGAGCGUCGCCAUGGCAUUCCAAGAGGAGUUGUAUCCCCACCCUGACCUCGUCCGGCUGGUAGAAGAAUUCUUCGGGGCGAUGGACAAAAACAGCGCUGCCUUGAAGCUGGCCAUGGUGCCUCGCUCAGCUAAACUCAACUAUGGAACUGACCCUCAGACUGGACAGCCCCACCGCUACCCACUGGUCAGCGUGCGUAACGUGUAUGUCUUUCCUGGGAUCCCGUCUCUGAUGGAGAGAGCCUUUAAUGGGUUGGAGCACCUCUUUGCUGGCUCAGGGACCACUUUUCACACUCGUGAGGUGUUUGUAGAUGCAGAUGAAGCAGAGAUCGCUCCUGUGCUGACCAAACUGCAGGCCGGUUGGGGCAAGAAGGUGGCCCUUGGCUCCUACCCUGACUGGCUGAGCAACUACCACAGAGUCAGGCUGGUGCUGGACUCAGACAGCCAGGAGGAGGUGGACAAAGCCCGGGCACAGCUGGUACACGAGCUGCCCAAGGGUAGCGUGGUGCCCUUAGUCACUGACCCGGUGUCCAUCGCUACUGCUGAGGUGUACACGCUAGCCAACAGCGGCACACCGUUGGGUGAGAAAGUUAUGUCUGCACUGAAAACCAUCGAGGCUGCACUGGAUCAGUAUUCGACAGAGGAAGUCUGCGUCGGCUUCAACGGAGGCAAGGACUGCACAGCCCUGCUCCAUCUCUACUAUGCGGCAAUGAAAAGGCGCUAUUCAGAUGGUAAAGACAAGGUGAAAGCUCUUUAUAUCCGUAUCGUCUCUCCAUUCCCAGAAAUGGAGAGAUUCCUCCAGGAUACUAUAAAAAGAUAUGACCUGGAACUGUUUUCUGUGGAGGGCAAUAUUCGGCAGGCGCUGAGCGAGGUGCAAGAGAGGAAGCCGGAGCUGAGAGCCGUCCUGAUGGGGACCAGGAGGAGUGACCCCUAUUCUCACACACUCAAACCCAUGUGUCCCACUGACCCCGGCUGGCCAGACUACAUGAGAGUCAACCCGUUACUAGACUGGACGUAUCAUGACAUCUGGUCGUUCUUGAGGACGUUAUAUGUGCCCUACUGUAUUCUCUAUGAUAAAGGGUACACCUCACUGGGCAGUAUGGACAACACUUGUCGAAACACUGCCCUCCAGACGGUUGACGUGAGGGGGGUGACACGAUACAAGCCAGCCUACCUCCUGGAGAAUGAAGAAGAGGAGCGUAACUCGCGUGCCUGAUUAUCGCCUCGCUUCUCACGGUGUCACCUGUUGCUGAUGGAGCCAGAUUUUCACAUCUUCAGAUCAGAUCCCACAAAUCAUGUAAUAAACACAAGGUGGAUUUUUUUUUUUUUUUUUUUUGCAAAAGACUCGACACAUCUGUCUGCAGAAUAAGACUGUAAAGUGUGUGUGUGUGUGUGUGUGUGUGUGUGUGUGUAUGCAUAUGUGUGUUACUAGUAUACAUGUGUGUCUAAAGUAAUGGCCCUCUGUGCUGUUGAAUAAAACAUCAAUCUGUGUCA